UAAUACUUCUUUCUAUAUCACCAACGCCUUGCUAUUAAGUCUUGCCUUGUAUUAAGAAGAGAGUACUUGACCAAAGCCAUUAUAUAUCGGUAGUCCUGAUUUUUUUUGGAAUUUAUGGUGGUUUUUUAACAAUUUUGAAUGAAAAGCUACUUUGGCGUUUAAAAGGUCAUAGUUAGAUUCAAUACAACUCAACAAAAUGAAGAAAUCUUUCCAAACACAGUUAACUGGCUCUCCGGUGUCCAGUAGUCGUUUCAUUCCUUUUUCAUCUUCUCCGCUGACAUAUAAACACAGCACUGACUCCGUUGGUACAAGUGGUUCUCCCAUUUCCGACUCAGUUGUUGAUCUAAGCUUACGUGAAGAUAUGAUGUUUGUACAAAGUGAUUCACCGUCGUCUACGUUGAAUGAUGGAACAAGCGACUCUCUCUUGUCUAUUAGUUCAGGUGGUAGAGAAGGAUCGGUUUCUAAGAAAUCAAGUGGCACUUCGCCAACCAGUCCUCACCAUCAAGCGAUUGCCCAAGCACUUGGAUACGAGCAGAUGGGUAGAGUUCUUAAGUUUACCUCACAUAAAAGAGCGAAGAACGGGUCGUCAUCAUCAAUUAGCUCUGGAUGUUUAGAAGGCUCGAAUAUCGUUAAUAUAUUGAAUCAACAUUCAUUAACCCCACUAGUAUCUAGCAAAGCCAUGAAGAAUGGAGAAAAAUCGUCAGUCAACUCCUCCGAGCAGUUGAAAGAUGUGGAGGUGUUAAUGGCUUCUAAUAUACUACAAGCACCAGGAUUGAGGAAUGAUUUCUACUCCAAUCUCGUUUCGUGGUCUCCUCGAACCAACAAAGUCUUGGUGGGUUUGGGCUCUAGUGCUUAUGUAUGGUCGACCGAUAACUCUGUUGCUAAGAUUGAGUACUCUCCCCACUGUGUCACUGUUUGCGUAUCUAGUUCUCAAGGGAUAUAUUCGAUAGUUACGACAGCAAAUGGUAAUAUAUUUAUAAUAAGCCAGGUUACAAAUAAAGUAUUGAAAGUCUUCAGUCAUAAUAGUUGUGUUUAUGUUGUUCAAUGGGUACCGGGGGCCAAUCUGUUUUUACUUGGGGAUGAAUUAGGAGUAGUAACUUAUUUUGAUAUAAACGAAUCAAAACCUGGUAUAAUAUCAUCGUUAUCAAAGAUCAGUAAACUAGAAUGCCAUAGACAACAAAUUUGCGGUAUAUAAUACCCAGAUGAUUGAACCUCACAUCUAUUUACUAACAUUGAAAUAGGAAUUCAACUCAAUAUGAAUAAUACAGAAGUAGCCAUUGGCGCCAAUGACAAUUGCUGUACAGUGUGGGAUAUCACUGAUAAAUUCAAGCCCAGCUUAAAGUUUAUUCUCCCCCAUUCAGCGGCAGUUA